AAGGUAUUGCCUACUCUCGCCGCCACUUCAGUUCCGUUGAUCCAGGUUGCAAAAAGGAAGGUUUUCUUACCUACUAUACUUGGCACUACACUGAUUCGUCAUGUUUAAAAGGAAUCUUCUUGCGAUUUUUACUCUGCAAAUUGUGCUCGUGAAUCUCUAUGGUUUCGCGUCUGGUGUAAAGACAGAUAAAGGAGAGAACUGUGUCUUUCCGUUCACGUACCAGGGUGUGGUAUACAAUGCCUGUACUACCAAGAAUCAUAAUCGUCCCUGGUGUUCUACGACAGCCGUAUACAGUGGGAAGUGGGGAAACUGGAGAGGACUGUGUCUUUCCGUUUACUUACCAGGGUGUGGUGUACAGGGGCUGUACUACCAAGAAUCAUAAUCGUCCCUGGUGUUYUACGACAGCCGUAUACAGUGGGAAGUGGGGAAACUGUGCCACUGGAGGCUACAAAGCGGUUGGUUGUUUCAAAGACACAAUCAGUGAUCGAGCUUUGCCUGUUCAUAUCGGUAACUUUGAUCCUGAACGUCUCGUACAGAAGUGUUACGAGGCGGCCAAGGCCAAAGGCUAUAAAGUUUUUGGCACUCAGUAUAAAGUUGAAUGCUGGUCAGGACCCAACGGUAAAGAGACUUACAACAAAAACGGAAAUGCCGAUACCUGUGUUGACGGCAUCGGAAGAGUGCUUUCCAACUUCGUCUAUGAAAUCUAUUGUGGUUGA